AUGCAGCAAAAGGAGGAUGCGACACGACACGACAUUAUCUUUGCCUUGCUUUUUCCUCUCUCUCUCUCUCUCUCUCUCUCUCUCAAUCCGCUCAAUGCCAACGUUCAACCAGCAGAGCAUGUCUUUGCUUUUACAAUGCUCCCAAGUAACCCAAGUCACAGCCCUUCUUCCUCCACCAGGUCUCACCAAGUCUCACCAGGCCUCACCGGACCUAGAGCAACCACCACUGUGACUCUGCGAACCUUAUACCAAAGAUCCUUGCGUCAUUGGAGACGAUUAGGAGAGAAAAAGGCUUUUAGCAUUCUAAUUGGUAACUUUAAUGAUUUCAGUGCGGAGUCAACAAGGAAUGACCUCGCUAUAUAA